GGAACUUGAGGCAUUAUCUACUUCUGCAUUCUGUAGAUAUUUUCUUUGUAUAACAAAAACACCAUUUGUUCACAUUUCUUCUCCGCUCUGCACCAAAGCAAAGACUAAACCAUGAGCAAUUGCAGCUUCUUGCAACUUGACCUUUUAACCUCCGUAAGCCAACCUCCUUUCCACUCUUUCAAUGAAAAAUUUGCCCCUGCGACAAUUUUCCGAUUCCCCUCUGUAUCCUCACCCAACAAACAAAAGACAAAAUCUUUAGCUCACUAUUUCAACACCAGUUGUAAAGCAAGUAGCUUGACAAAUGUUGAAGUGGAAAAAGAAGAAGAAGUGGAAGUUGUAAAAGGGCACACUAUUACUCAAGUUUGUGAUAAAAUAAUUGAUGUGUUCUUGAAUGAGAAGCGUAGAGUUAAAGAAUGGAGAAAGUAUUUGGUUUUUAGAGAAGAGUGGAAUAAGUACAGGGAAACAUUUUAUGCUAGGUGUCAAAUGAGGGCUGAUAUGGAGACUGACUCAACUCUGAAGCAGAAAUUUGUUUCAUUUGCUGCUAAAGUGAAGAGGAUUGAUGAACAGAUGGAAAAACACAGUGAACUUCUUAAGGAAAUUCAAGACAACCCAACUGACCUAAAUGCAAUAGUUACAAAACGGCGCAAGGAAUUCACAGGAGAUUUCUUCCGUUAUCUAACCCUUAUUUCAGACACUUUUGAUUCUUUGGAGGACCGUGAUGCUAUAGCCAGGCUAGGGACUAGAUGCUUAUCUGCUGUCAGUGCUUUCGACAAAACGCUGGAGUAUGUUGAGACAUUAGAUACUGCACAAGCCAAAUUUGAUGACAUUCUUAACUCCCCUUCAAUCGAUGCAGCGUGUGAAAAAAUCAAAAGUUUAGCCAAGGCAAAGGAACUUGACUCUUCGUUAAUCUUAUUGAUAAAUAGUGCUUGGGCAGCGGCAAAAGACUCUGCUAAUAUGAAAAAUGAGGUUAAAGAGAUAAUGUAUCAAAUAUACAAAACCACUAAGAGCAGCCUUAGGAGCAUUGCCCCAAAAGAAAUAAAGCUACUUAAGCAUUUGCUGAACAUUGCUGAUCCUGAAGAGCGCUUCUCAGCAUUAGCAACAGCAUUCUGCCCAGGCGAUGAACGAGAAGCCAAGGACCCUUAUGCGUUAUACACUACACCAAAGGAACUGCAUAAGUGGGUCAAGAUCAUGCUUGAUGCAUAUCAGCUUAACAAGGAGGACUCUGACAUUAGGGAAGCCAAACAGAUGACUCAACCUGUUGUUAUACAAAGACUAUACAUCCUAAAGGAAACUAUUGAAGAGGAAUACUUGGAUAAAACUACUUUUCGAACACAAACAGAAGAGGACAGCAAAUCAGAGGACUGAUGAGGUACUGUGCAGUUUUUUUGAUACGUCUACUAAGUUCUUUUAUUUUUCUGAUGCAGAGAUGUAGUUUCUAAGAUGAAGCCUCAAUUUGUGAAUUGUCAAUCAGUGAACCAUAGGCUUUUUAGUAUCCUCUUAUUCUGAAGGGAUAUCAUCUAGAUUUUGUUUCCGACUUUGUAAGUGAGGGCCUAAUAUUUCUCAACUGUAGGAUGCUGCCUUUUUAGGUCUCUUCUUCUUUCCUCUCAAGGAUGGGGGUUUAUUAUUAAAAGAAAAAUCUUCUAUGUCAUGGAUGCUUACUGUUGGAGAUCUAACAUCAUAAAAGUUUAGCAGUUGACUAUGAAAUUAAGUCAUCUUUUCUUUA